GUUACCCGGAAUAUUUUUUUCGUUGCACGUAUUCACUCCCGCAUUUAUAUUUGAACUGUGAACAUGUCCAACACUGUCAUGUCAGAUAACCACACCGAUCAACAAAUGUCUAGUCUGGAGGAAACUAGGACGAGUCUUUGCGAGCAGUUUGCCUGUGUGUCUGGGUCAGAUAGUGCUGUGGCUCAGUAUUAUCUAGCAGAAAAUGACUGGGAUAUGGAGAGAGCAUUGAACUCUUUCUUCGAGGCUCAUAUGGAUUCAGUCUUUGACGUUGAAGAUACAGAGGAAACUAAAAAUGUGUCUGGGAAUAAGAGAAAAGAGGUGAUUCCUGAGACGGCUGAUGCUUCAGGAUCAAAGAAAAAAAUUAAAACGGACAUGGCGAAUCGUAUUGACUUAGUGGAGGAGCCCACCUGUUCCAGCAACAACUCAAAAGAGAAUCAGACUGAUAGUGGAGCAUCCCACUCUGAAGCUGAGGAUAGCAAGCUGUCCAUUAUCAGCUGGAAUGUGGAUGGUUUGGACACAUUGAAUCUGGUUGAGCGUGCCAGAAGCUUGUGCUCAUAUCUGGCUCUCUAUACACCAGAUGUGGUUUUUCUUCAAGAACUCAUUCCAGUUUAUGUUCAGUAUCUUAAGAAACAUGCUGACAACUACCAGUUUGUUGAGGGAAGCAGUGAUGGAUACUUCACAGGAAUUAUGCUGAAGAAAUCAAGAGUAAAGCUUUUGGAAAGUGAGAUCAUAUGCUAUCCUACAACACAGAUGAUGAGAAACCUGUUAGUUGCUCAGGUAACUUUCUUAAGUCAGAAGCUGUGCUUGAUGACUUCACAUUUGGAAAGCUGUAAAAAUCAAUCAGAGGAGAGAAUGAAACAGCUGAGAUUUGUUUUUCAAAAGAUAAGAGAAGCACCAGAUGAUGUCACUGUCAUUUUUGGUGGAGACACCAAUCUCAGGGACUCCGAGGUGGUAAAGGUUGGUGGUUUGCCUCCAGGUGUAAAUGAUGUGUGGGAACAACUGGGCAAACAGGAACACUGCAGAUACACCUGGGACACAAAAGUAAACAGCAACAAGGCUGUGCCUUACAUAAGCAGAUGUCGCUUUGACCGCAUCUAUCUAAAGUCUGCUAAAACCGGGCUUAAAGUCACUCCUGAUCACAUGGUCUUGAUUGGAAUGGAGAAAGUGGACUGUGGCCGUUACACAAGUGAUCACUGGGAUCCCGACUGUUGGUUUCUAUGUCCAAGCUGCUGAUUUUAAUACAAUGGAAGGAACACGGCUAGUCCACAUCCACUUUCAUUGUAUGGAAACUCCUUUUGUGUUCCACGCAAGAAAAGUCAUACUGGAAUAGAUCAACAUGAGGGUGAGUAAAUGAUGAAAAAUUGCAUUUUUUGGGUGAACUAUUCAUUUAUAAGAAUUAGUCAUUGAAAAACUGUCAAUCAGUCAAGCAUGAUUCUGAAUGUCUAUGGUGGCUCCAACCUGUUUGUGAUCUUCUGCAGUGUGAAUUGUUAGUGAUUUUGCAAUGCUUUGGUUCAGGACAACUAUCCCCUCUAUAGUCAUCACUCACCACACUGAAUUGCUUUGACACAUGGCCAAGAGCACAUGCUAUUUUAGUGUUGGGGAAUAGCACCUCUGCUCCUACUAAAGAAGGAAAUUUCAGUCUUCUAGGCCAUAUAUGCAAUCAUUGAUAAUGUAAUGCCGAGAACAUGACAUGUUUGUUUGAUAAGAUAAACAUUUAGAGGUGGGUUGUUGCACAUCAGUGACACAGUCGUGAAGCAGUCAAGGUUAUGGGUGUUGUCAUGGUACACUCCAGUGCAACAGGAAUCUUCCCAUUCAUUUCACAGUUCAGAUUGCAUGCUUUAGACUAGAUAAUAGUGUAGUUUGUUCCAUGUCACUGUAAACCCGAGACAAUGAGGUCUGAAAGGAAUGGAAAGAACUCUUGGAACCACGUGAAGGAGGAAAUCUUGAUGUAAGACACAAUUAUGUAACCAGACAAUACAGCACUCUCAAUCUGUAACUAAAUUGAAUUUAUCAGUAAACAAUGCAUCUACAGUUAGGAUACAGGUCUAUGACGUUUUCCCUACCCUGACUCAUUAAAUUAAAGAAAUAAAUAAAGGGGAUUUACAGUGGCCUGUGAAAGUAUUUGGAUAUUCAAGCCACACGUAAAUUUUUUUUUUUAACUGACAUCUAGAAACAUGUGAUUCUAGAGGUUUUCUCGGAACUAGCUUCAAUUUUCUGAGCCAUUUUUGCAAUUCCUUUUAACCAGCUGGUCCAAAUCAGUUGCCCUCAAGGUCACACAUGUCCUAGGUGUAGUUUAUAUAUUUUUAUAAUAUAAUAUAGGUAUAUACUAUGUAACCUAACAAAGUUCUUUUUGUGAAAGUUUUGCUUUAACCCUUGUGUUGUGUUCGUUUGUGCUAACACCUUUUGUGUUCCCAUAGUCCAAAAUGACCAGCCAACUACGAUUGUUUAUAAAUCUCUCAUAUUGCAUAUAUUAUCCUAAGAUAUUGCAUUAGAUCUUUUUGUCAACAUCUUUUUUAGUAAUUAUGACAGGUGUUGUACUUCUUUUUUCAAACAUAUUUAAAAAAUGUGUAUAUAUAUAUAUUUUUUAUCGAUAGAAGGAUUAAUUGAACUGAGCUUAUACUGGGCUAGUGGGGGGAACUCCCUGCAGAAAAAAAAAAAAAAUUAAAAUAAUAUUAAUUUCGUAUUUAAUUAACCACUUGCUUGAUCUAAACAAAAUAGGUGUAAUUUUAAAGCUUUGAAUCUGGACUUUACAAUGCAUAUAGCUGAUCCUACCAAUUCUUAAAUUAUGCUUUUUAAUUUGCUGACAAAUUAGAACUGUUUUGUUCUCAUCAUUAGCAAAUUUGUUUUCAAAAAAACUAUAUUUAGAGUUGGUAAAAACAUAUAAAAGAUGAGAGAGCCAUGUGUUAUAUAUCAUUGGAAACGUUUCAAUUAGUAAAAUGCAAUGAGCAAAUUUGUUUCACUCAGAGUAUAGUGUAUUAAAUUCCCACUGACACACAUAGAUAUAAUAAACAUUAGUGUCUUUUGUCAUGUUUUUCCUUAUUACUUCCUAAAAUAUACAUACUGUAUAACAAAUAGACAAUGACAUGUUGUAACUUACAGCAGACUAUCCCGAUACAAACAAGCACAAACACAACAUAAUAUGAUAAGAAGAUCUAGAAAUAUUCCUCAGUGAGUGAACAUGGAAGGAUGAUGCACAAAAUGGCGCUCAAUACACGUUGUGUGUGUGCAAACACACAUCCACGUGCUCAUCUAAAGGAUUGGGGUGCUCCUGAACAUUUAAUAUUUCUGUAUUUUGUAGUCUAAUCUAUUCAUUUCCAUUGGCAGGUCACUUUAGACCGGGAAUACCAUAGGUGUAACAAAGUGAAAUAAAACCAAUACAAUUUUAUGAAAAUUAUUUAAAAAAAAAAAUGUUGUGUGUUCAGAUGCCCUGUGUGAACAAAGUCAUGGAAUUUUAUUCCAACUGAAUGAAAUAAACUACAGAUUUCAGGAAAAAGAGAGAAAAAGUUAAUCGGUCAGUUCUGACCAGAACACAAAAUAAGGGUUUAAAAAUCUGUCUUUAAAAUAAAUGCCACUUGGUUUGAUAUAUUAUGUAAUGCAAUGACAAUGACAAGUGUUGCUUAAGUGUCCAAAUUCUUUGGGGCCACUUUUAUGUAGAUACCAUAGCAAAGCCCAAGGCAUUUAUUUAUUUUAAAGUAAAUACACUUAUUUCAUAAAUAACACUGAACAAGCAUGGUACAGUGAUAAAUAUUUAUUUACUCAUUGCAAAAUUCUGUAUUACAAAAUACAGUGUCAAAUGUAAACUGCACUUGUCAAAUGGGUAAAGUUUCAUUAAGGUACCUGAUUUGACCUAGUCUGAACAUUUGUGCACUUUUUUAAAAAUGUGAUAUAGCUAUUCUGUAAUCUCUGAUUAUGGUUUGCCAAGAACCAUGCAGGGACAUAUUUAACAACUGCAUUGUUGCAUAUUCCAUACUUUAAUUAAAAAAAAAAAAAAAGAAAAAAAAAAGACAAAGCACUGAUACUUAUCCUCGAAUUGUCAUUUAUUCGUUUUCUGAUUAAUUUUAUGUAACAAUUAAAAUUCUUAUAACUUUUGCAUUUUUUUGUUUGUUUGUUGCAUUUGACAUCCCAAGGGUCUUCAGCAUUUUAGUUAACAGAAUUUCAUGACUUUUCAAAUUAGAGUCUGAACAUACUGCAGGCAAGUGUCCUGUUCAAUGUCCUAGGCAGCAAGAGCUACAAGGCAGGUUGACAUCGUAACAAAAGACUGGGAUUGUUGGAGCUCUCCAAUGUAACUCAGAGUGGUGAGUCAGCACGUUCAGUUUUUAGUUAUUGCUAAAUUCAGAAAACAGAGGGGCUAUUCCAUUUCCUCAAAAAAAAUAAAAAUAAAAUAAAUCCAGAUACAUAUCAAAACCAUUCAACCAAUUUUUAGGGUAAGGAAUGUGUUUAUUUGUGCAUUUGCACUUUUCAAAAUAAAUGUAACCUAUUCAUUUGCACAGAAUCGCUAUUUAAGACAAACCCAUAUGGUAUGUCACAUUGUAAUAAAAUUGCAAUAUUACUUUGAGCCCUUGUCAGAAUUUCACUCACACCCUACAGUCUAAGUAGCAGCAAAACUAUGACUGAAAACUAACAAGAUAUCGUCCUGUAAAAUGAGCAACACACCAGUGAUCAUGGAUCCACUGAUUGUCAGAUAAUGGUGAUGUGGUAAUGUUGAUACUAUUAACCAAACGAUGAGUCUCAAAUGACACUCUGAAUGAGGUCACCACCAAGUAUACAUUUCAGUUACUGAGAAAUCCAUAAUUGAGAGCAUCUGGUUCUUAAAAACUUAAUUCACAACAUAAAUAUGUGAAACAACAGAAAGAAUUUAAAACCAUUACAAAAAAAGUAAAAAAAAAAAAAAAAAAAAAAAAAA